AUGUCGACCAAGCAAGGUGGAAAAGCUAAGCCUUUGAAGAAACCCAAAUCUGAUAAGAAGGAAUACGACGAGGUUGACAUGGCUAACAUUCAGAAGAAAAAGGAUGAGGAGAAGGCGCUAAAGGAAUUGAAAGCCAAGGCGCAACAGAAGGGUAGUUUUGGAGGUUCUGGGCUCAAGAAGAGUGGAAAGAAAUAA